UUUAAUUGCUCCUGUUAUCUUCACUGCUCUGAAACCGCGGCCGUAGCUGAUGAUCAGUACUCCAUGAAACCGCACGUAGCAGUCCUUCCAAGCCCAGGCAUGGGCCACAUCAUCCCCCUCCUCGAGUUCUCGAAGCGCCUCGUCAUCCACCACGGCUCUCAUGUCAGCUUCCUCGUCAUCACCACCGAAGCCUCCGCCGCCCAGAACCAACUCCUCCGCUCACCAACCCUCCCUCCCGACCUCCACGUCAUCGACCUCCCACCCGCUGACGUGUCCCACCUCAUCACCGAGGAUACCCUAGUCCUCACCUACCUGUGCCUCAUCGUCCGCGAGUCCCUCAAACCACUCCGGUCCAUCCUCACCCAGCUGGACCGGCCCAAAGCUCUCAUCAUCGACCCCUUCACCACUGAGGCUUUUGACGUCUGCAGAGACCUCUCCAUCCCCGCCUAUUCCUUCUUCACCGCCUCCACUUAUCUGCUUGCCUUCUCAUUGUACCUCCCCAAGCUUGACCGGGAAGUGGAAGGCGAGUUCGUCGACCUGCCCGAACCGGUUCAGAUCCCGGGUUGCACACCAAUGCGAACCGAGGACCUCCUCGACCAGGUUCGCAACCGCAAGAUUGAUGAGUACAAAUGGUUCUUGUACCAUGUCAGUAGGUUGAAAAUGGCUACUGGUAUUUUCGCAAACUCGUGGCAGGAUCUCGAACCGGUCUCCUUACGAGCUCUGAAACAAACCCGGUUCUUUCAAGACAUGCCAAUUCCCCCGGUUCACUCCGUCGGACCGCUUACCAAAGAAACCGAACCGAUGACAGAAUCAGACACAGAUAUCAUGACGUGGCUAGACAAGCAACCGUGUGAGUCCGUUCUCUUCGUGGCGCUCGGAAGCGGCGGGACCUUGUCAACUGAGCAACUCACUGAGUUGGCAUGGGGUCUGGAAAUGAGUCAGCAGCGGUUCAUACUGGUGGCGCGUAGACCCACGGACGCGAGUGCUUCGGCGGCAUUCUUCAACGUGGGGAGCGACGUGAACGACCCGGCAGAGUACUUGCCGGAAGGGUUUACCAAGAGGACGGAGGGAGUGGGGCUGGUGGUGCCGUCAUGGGUGGCGCAAGUGGCGGUGCUCCGCCACGGCUCGACCGGUGGGUUCCUGUCGCAUUGCGGGUGGAACUCGUUGUUGGAGAGCAUCGUCCAUGGGGUGCCGAUGAUUGCGUGGCCUCUCUAUGCGGAGCAGAGGAUGAAUGCGACGAUGCUGGCGGAGGAGGUAGGGGUGGCGGUGAAGCUGGUGGCUAGGGGAGGAGAGAGAGUGAUCGGAAGGGAAGAGAUAGAGAGGCUGGUGAGGUUGGUGAUGGAAGGUGAAAAAGGCAAGGUCAUGAGACGUAGGGUUGAAGAGCUUCAAGAGAGUGCACGGAACGUGCUGAACCAUGGUGGGUCAUCUUAUGAUUCGCUGUCUCUUGUUGCAGAGAGUUGGAAAGAUGAGCGUGCAUGAGAGUAAUAGCUAGGUCAUGAAGUUCCGGAAAUGUAUACCACGCUCCGUCAUGGCGCAUGGAUUUGUGAGUGAUGUUUGUGCGCCACGUGCCGCGUGUGUUGUUGUUGUCCUAAUAGCAAAUUGGAGAGGUGUUUGAUUUUCAAUUUUAAUAUUUCUUAGGUUUUGUGGUACGUUUUUUAAAAAAAGAGUGUUGCUUCACAAUAUAAAUAGAUUAUCAUCUUUCUUAUAGAAAAUGGUUGCCAUUCAGUAAAUUUUAUCGUAACAGAAA